AUGACUGGGGCGCCAGCAUCCCUAGCUUCCUGUAGGAUCGCUUGUUUUGCUGUUUCACCAUCCACCGCGCUGUUCGGGUCUUUCGCUGCCUCCAUCGCAGCGUGCUGGCGCCGCUCCGCCUCGUACCCGCUCAUCCCCUCCAAUGCCGUCGCCGAGGCGACCGUAUACACCGUGACUGUGAGGAGCCGCCCUGGGCUGGCCGUUGACCUACUCCCAACACGCACAAAGAGCUGCAAACGAGGUCUGAUAUGGAAGCCUUAG